AAUCUCGUCGCAAAAUCGCGCUGUUCCACCAGUUGCUGGCCGGCCAGCGCCGGAAUCGGUCGUGUUGCGGUCUGGAUCGAGCGUCGCGACGUGACGCGUCUUUGCGAUUUUUCAUGAUUCACUCUGGCAGUGCUUGAGCGAGAAAAAUCCACCAAAAUGCAGGACCAAGUGGACGGGAUGGAACUGGAGACACUCUACCAAAGAUAUUGUAUCCGCCUCAAACACGCUCUCUUCUUGUCCUGCUUGACGGUGGCGGUCGUCACCAGCGCGGGGCUGCUGGUCACCACCUGUGUCCUCCAGGAGCUGGAGAUCAGCCUGCUGCCCAUCGUCACCAUGUCAGUCCUCACCUUCUCCCUCUUCUGCAUCUUAUUUGCCUCUCAAUUCCCGUUUAUCCUCGAAUCGGAAACCUGGGCUCUGGUUUCUUCCCUCUUUAUCACCACCAUCGUCACAACAUCCAUGCUCCUGCUGGGUCAAAGACACGCACCGCUCCCUCUCUUCGCCCUCCUGCUGGCCAUCCACACCAUGCUGCCCUUAUCUAGGGCAGUGGCCCUCGCCCUAGCCUCGAUCAUCACCCUGGCCUACAUGGCCCUGUCGAUCGUCGACAGAGUGAAUGACGACAAACACCCCUAUUACCUCCAGCUGAUUCCCGAGGGAGUGCUGCUGGUGGCGGCGAGCUGCACCGGCCUCUACUACCGCCACAUGACCGAGGGCGCCCACAGGAGGACUUUUGUCGGCACUAGGACCUGCAUAGAGUCCCGGGUGAAGCUGGAGUGCGAGAAGGAACAGCAGGAGCAGCUUCUUCUGAGCGUCAUUCCGGCGUAUAUUGCAGCAGAGGUGAAGCGCAGCAUUAUGUUGAAGAUGGCAGACGCCUGCAACGAGCACUCGAACCGGAGUUUCCACGAGAUGUACGUCCAGCGUCACAACAACGUCUCAAUCCUGUACGCAGACAUCGUCAAUUUCACGCCAUUGUCCGAGCAAUUAUCGGCUUCUGACCUCGUCAAGACCCUCAACGAGCUGUUCGGCCGUUUCGACCAAAUAGCGCAGGACAACCAAUGCAUGAGGAUCAAGAUCCUUGGAGACUGCUAUUAUUGUGUGUCAGGAUUGCCGGUGUCUCGACCCAACCACGCCUACAAUUGUGUCAACAUGGGCCUGCAAAUGAUCGAGGCCAUCCGAUUUGUUCGCGAGGCGACUGGAUUCAACGUGGAUAUGAGGAUCGGCAUCCACACCGGAAACGUGCUUUGUGGUGUUUUGGGAUUACGAAAAUGGCAAUUUGACGUCUGGAGCGACGAUGUUACGCUUGCCAACCACAUGGAAUCCGGCGGCAUAGCGGGGAGGGUUCACAUAACACGAGCCACCUUACACCAGCUUGGGGAUCGGUUUGAAGUGGAGCCGGGAGAUGGUAUGAACCGGGAGUCUUACCUGGCUGAUCAUAAAAUUGAAACUUUCCUCAUUGUGCCCCCGAAGAAACCUGAAACUGAAGCGCAGAACGGGAACGCCAGAGGCCCUCUGGCGACGAUCGCUGAGAGACACAACAGCAUCGGCACAGAGGGCGGAAUCUACGGAAUGGCAACCCCAAGCGGACCGCCGACGAGGUCCAGGCCGUCCAGCAAGAUGACCAAGUACGUGGAGUGCUGGGGGGCUGAUAAGCCCUUUGCCAACAUUGCCGAAUCCACGCUCGCCAAAAACAUCGAGCUAACGUCCGGGUCAUACCUUCAGACUUUGGCCAUGAUCGAGUCUAAUCUCUUGCCGGACCGUAGCACCUGCCUGGAAUGCAAGAAAUGCUGGCACAGCGAGGAUCUUCAUCCAGCCCUCCUGUGGUUCCGCAACCGAAAGCAAGAAAGCGAAUACCGCAGCCAGCCAGACCCGGAGUUCCGCUGCUACAUAGCUUUCGCGACCUCCAUUUUCCUAGCGAUGUGCAUUAUGCAGAUUGCCACCAUACCCAGGACUGUGGUUUUGUACGGCACGCUGGCGCCUACGUUGGUGGUUUUGACCGUGUUUGUGUAUUUGUGUUGGCUGGACGGCUGUUGUGGGCCUAGGCCACCCUCAGACACCCCAACCGAUGAACCGGGGGCUUGUUCACCGCCUGGUGAAGUGGUGACCGGAAGCAGAUGUCUCCGACUUGCCAUUUUCCUGGUGUCUGUGACGCUGAUUUCGGCCUGCGCUGUUGUUACGCUGGUGGAUUAUAACCCGGAGCCGCUACCGGCGACUAUGAGAGAACUCCAGGCGGAAAAAAAUGGAUCCGUCAUAGACAACCGAACUUUAAGCGCUCUGAUAAACGAAUUUGAUGCGGAGAUUUACUCGAUGGAACCGACCUAUUUGUACAGCUCGGCAUUGGCUUUAGCUGCGAUCUCUGUGUUUUUAAGGAUGGGCUUCAUCCUGAAGCUGGGACUCAUGGUCGCCUCUGUGAUAUUGCAUAUCUUCGUUUACAGCUAUUUGGACUUCUUUAGGGACUACCAUAAUGAUAAGUUUUUCGCAAUACCGUUCGAAUUAAAAUCCGCCCUGGUCCUCGCAAUCGUCGUGAUAUUUUUCCACAUUCUGGACCGACAAAUCGAGUUCACUUCACGGACCGAUUAUUUGUGGAAAGCCAAGCUCAAGGUGGAGCAAGAAGAAGUGGAAACAAUGCGAGGAAUCAACAAAAUUCUCUUGGAAAACAUCUUACCCGCCCAUGUGGCCGAGCACUUCUUGGCCUCCAGAGACACCCAAGAGCUGUACCACGAGCGGUACUCGUGUAUAGCCGUAAUGUUCGCUUCAAUACCCAACUACAAAGAAUUUUACGAUGAAAGUGACGUCAAUAAACAAGGACUGGAAUGUCUCCGGUUGCUCAACGAGAUCAUUUGCGAGUUUGACAAACUUUUGCUCAAACCAAAGUUUAGUUGUAUAGAGAAGAUUAAAACAAUAGGGAGUACUUACAUGUUGGCCUCGGGCCUCCGACCUGGAGCCGAAGAAAACAGCAAGGAUGUCCUCAAGGAGGCAAGUCGGAAGGAAGAGCACAUUAUUAUCGCUCUGGUGGAUUUUGCUGUGUCGCUGAUGACGAGCCUUGAUCAAAUUAACCGAGACGCGUUCCAAAGAUUCAAACUGAGAGUUGGUUUGAAUCACGGGCCGGUGAUUGCGGGUGUUGUGGGGGCGCAGAAGCCCCAGUACGACAUUUGGGGCAACACAGUGAACGUCGCCUCUCGCAUGGACUCCUGCGGCAUCAUGGGCAAGAUCCAGGUGACCGAAGAGACGGCCAAAAUUUUGAUGAAUGCGGGAUACCAGUGCGAGUGCAGAGGCGUCACUUACGUCAAAGGAAAGGGCAACUUAACGACUUACUUUGUCAAAACGCCCUUCGACGACAAGUGACCCGGUUGUGAUCCAACCACCAAUUCCACGUACUAAUGAGACUGAGGAUGUUUUGGGUGAUUAUGGGAACUCUCAGCUAAUACUCACGAUCCCGUAAUCACGAGCAACGGCACUACAUUGAUAGUUAAUUUAUUACUUAAUGUGUUGUAGUGGAGCGGCUGAGCCGCUUCGGUUUCGGAAAUUUUUAUGUACCUGACUGAAUAUUUAUAAUGUAAAUAGUAGGUGUUGCUUUUAGGUGAAAGUUUGAAACACCAUUAGGUGGUUAGACUCGAUGGCUCCUAAACUUAAUCAUUUUCGGCAUUCUAAAUGUGAUUAGGUAAAUGUGUUAGACCCCGUCGACAAUCCUCUCCCCGGUUUAUUUUUGUAACAGUAUGACAUUUUUAACGUAUAUUUGUAAUUUUGAUGUGAAGAUAAAUGUGCGACUAGUUUACGUUUGGAAUAAAUCUUGUUUUAUUUU